GACCGACCGAACCCGGCUGAAGAAAAUUUUCGAGCGAGCAGGGCAGGGCAAAAGAUGGCGGGAAAGUUUGGCGCCAUCUGCUCCCGCGCCGCCGCCUGCCUAUUUAUCCCCCGCCCCCGCAAUCUCCUCCUCCACUCAACCCCAACUCCUGCCAGAUUUCUCCCCUUCCCCCGCCGGCUGCACCCAAGAAGCCUCUCGACCUUAGCCAUGGCCGCUACCAACGGCGCCGCCACCGACUCCGUCCAGGAGCAUCCCGCCGCCGCCACCGAGUCCGUCCAGGAGCCUCCCCAGAAGAUCUCCAAGAUCUCCCCCCUGCUCAAGGUGAAGAAGCUCUCCGACAAGGCCGUGCUGCCGUCUCGCGGCUCCGCCCUCGCCGCCGGCUACGACCUCUCGAGUGCCGUGGAGAUCGUGGUGCCCGCGCGUGGCAAGGCGCUCGUGCCGACCGACCUCAGCGUCGCCAUCCCCCACGGAACCUACGCGCGCAUCGCGCCGAGGUCGGGCCUAGCGCUGAAGCACUCCAUCGACGUGGGCGCCGGCGUGAUCGACGCUGACUACCGCGGCCCCGUGGGCGUCAUCCUCUUCAACCACUCGGACGCCGACUUCGCCGUGAAGCCCGGCGACAGGAUCGCGCAGAUGAUCAUCGAGGUGAUCGCGACGCCUGAGGUCGCGGAGGUGGAGGACCUCGACGCCACCGUCCGUGGCGAGGGAGGGUUCGGAUCCACCGGCGUCUGAAGGACCUUGACUGACGGCUCCUUCCUUCACUCAGGAGAGAGGAGGGAUUCGGUAUCUAGAUUAGGAUGGUGAUGGUGAUGCAACCUUUGGUGUCUUUUGUUGGCUGCAAGAACUCGUGAUGUUCAAGUCCCGCUAUCCUGCGAUUAGUAGUAAGAUUAGUAGUACGUCGUCGAAGUUUAGGUUGCGUAGGUAACUGAAUGCAGGUAUUGUCGAGAACUCGAGUUGAUUCUGUGAUCUUUAUUGUGCACCAAUCGUGUUGAUCGUUUCUGGAGUUCCGUGGAAUUGCAUCCACUUGUCGUUUUCAGUCUGAUAAAAAGAUGAAUUAACUGGAA